GGAAUUAUCACACUGUUCUUCGGGGGAGAAGGUGGGAAAACCAGAUAUAAUUAAGUUUGUAAGAAGUUAGUUAUGCAUUUUGAGCCUCUUCACCUACUUCAAGUUUAGACUGAGGUUUCGCCUUGCUCUUCUUGCUGUCUUUGUUUCUGAAAGUGUGAGAGUCUGAGAAGAUGACGAACAACGUGAUGACGAUGGAGGCCACACCUGGGAGCUCAGGGUACUUGGAACUGUAUCCUGAGAGAAAAAUGUCGUUUUUCAAGAACCCUUACAUACUCCUACUCACUGCAGCAGCUGGCAUAGGUGGAUUCCUCUUUGGCUACGAUACAGGUGUUAUCGGGGGAGCCCUUCUGUAUAUUAAAGAUGAUUUUGAGGAUGUUAGAAAUAGUAGUUUCCUUCAGGAAACAAUUGUUGCCAUGGCAUUAAUUGGUGCAAUUGUUGGAGCAGCAGGAGGUGGUUGGAUUAAUGAUGUCUUUGGACGUAAGAAGGCUACUCUUAGUGCUGAUAUUGUCUUUGUUACUGGAGCAAUUGUCAUGGCUCUUGCCCCAAAUUCAGGGGUUCUCAUACUGGGGCGCUUUCUGGUUGGCCUUGGUGUGGGUGUAGCUUCUGUCACCGCUCCAGUGUAUAUUGCAGAGGCUUCACCAUCAGAAAUAAGGGGCUCAUUAGUGAGCGUAAAUGUGUUUAUGAUAACUGGUGGACAGUUUCUUUCCUACUGCGUAAAUCUUGCUUUUACAGAGGUACCUGGGACAUGGCGAUGGAUGCUGGGAGUUGCAGGUGUGCCAGCUUUUGUCCAGGCUAUCCUCAUGAUUUUCUUGCCAGAGUCUCCACGGUGGCUUUUUCUCAAGAACAGGAGAGAUGAAGCUGUGGUCGUGCUCACUAAGAUCUAUACCUAUGAACGCUUAGAGGAUGAAGUUGAUUACCUUACUGAUCUGGCUGAGCAAGAACGUCAGAAACGGAGCCAAGUUAAAUACAUGGAUGUUUUCAAAUCGAAGGAAAUCAGAGCUGCAUUUUUUGUUGGGGCUGGACUUCAGAUGUUUCAGCAGCUCACUGGUAUUAGCAUAAUUAUGUACUACAGCCCCACAAUCAUUGAGAUGGCUGGGUUCGGUUCCAAUAAGCAAGCUCUUCUUCUCUCUCUCAUUGUUGCUGGGAUGAAUGCUGCCGGAACAAUUCUCGGCAUUUAUCUUAUUGACCAUGCAGGACGAAGAAAGUUGGCCAUCUCAUGCUUAUGUGGUGUUAUUGGAUCUCUGGCUGUUCUCUCAACAGGGUGUUACCUUGAGGCGUCUGACCCUUCAAAUAGAAUCUAUGGGUAUAUCGCAGUUAUAGGGUUAGCCCUAUAUAUUCUUUUCUUCUCGCCAGGGAUGGGGCCUGUGCCCUGGACCGUGAACUCUGAAAUCUAUCCUGAAGAAUUCAGAGGAGUAUGUGGGGGCAUGGCAGCCACCACGAACUGGAUUUUCAGCGUGGUAAUGUCCGAGAGCUUUCUGUCAGUCGUCGAUGCCGUGGGGCUUGGUUCGAGUUUUGUGAUCCUCGGCAUUAUAGCUGUGAUUGCACUACUCUUUGUGACUAUAUUUGUGCCCGAGACAAAAGGCUUGACAUUCGAAGAGGUGUCGUUGAUAUGGAAGGAAAGAGCUUAUGGAAAGAACCAGAACACACAAAACCUUCUUGGGCAAGAAAACAGGACUUAGGUGUCUGCGUCUGCAUGGUUUGACGCCAGUGAUAGCAUUGUAAUACUGUCACAGUAUGUGGAUUAAGUGAGAGAGAGGAUUGGAACCGUUGAGACUCGCCUGAGAUUUAGAAUCACCCACAUUCUUUUUUUCCUUCCAAGCAGAGAUGGAUCUGCUUGUUACUUCUUGGCAGCUGGAGUGAUGGAUGAAACUUGGUAUUUUUGGCUCUGAGAAUGAGGUGAUGUUAAUUAUGUAUAGUAAUAAUUCAUUUGCCCCUCUUCCUUGAGAUGCAUCUCAAGACUUGGGUGACGAUCCUACUGUAUUAUUGUGAUUACAAUAAGGAAGGAAUCAUAUCUUUAAA